UAUUUAUCGAUUCAAGAUGCAGAUAUACAAGCUUUAAGGACGACGUUUAUAUUAAUUUUAAUAAUGGCAUAUACCCCAAAUGAAGAAAAAGUGUACAUGUACUUAGAAAAUCGUGAUAUAUUAUCACAAGUAGCCGAGCUCGUUGAGGCUCGGUUAGUUGAUUGUGGAUGGAGAGAUCAGGUUAGAAUGGCUUGUCGCAAAAAUUUGUGUGAAGGCACUACACCCCAAACAAUGGAUAAGUUAUCUUCCGAAAUAACACCCGUUGCUCGAGGUAUGGUACCUGACGCAGUUAAAAAAGAACUUCUACAAGAACUCGAACAAGCCAUUUUAACAGAAGCUAAUAAAAAUUCAACAUCUAAAAAUCAACAAUAGUACAAAAAUUACGUCGUGAAGAUAUUAAUUCAAAUCAUUUGAGCCAAUUUAUUAUUAUAUCGCUACUUUGAAAUGUAAUAAAUAAAUACAAAACAUAAAAA